AUGGCAGAUGUGUGGACUGAUCGUUGUAGGAGAACUCUUAUCAACUUUUUAGUUUAUUGCCCCAAAGGAACUAUUUUCAUAAAGUCUGUUGAUGCCUCUGGUGCUUCUAAAACUGCAGACACAUUGUUUAAGCUUGUCAAGGAAGUAGUAUUAUAUGUUGGCCAGGAAAAUGUUGUUCAAAUCGUUACAGAUAAUGUUGCGAGUUAUGUUGCUGCUGGAAGGUUGUUGGAAAUGGAGUUUCCAAAGUUGUUUUGGUCUCCUUGUGCAGCACACUGUAUUAAUUUGAUGUUGCAAGACAUGGGGAAAUUAGAGAAAGUAAGUGAGGCAGUGUCACAUGCUUCAAAAAUUACCAAAUACAUAUAUAAUCAUUGUUUUGCAUUGUAUUUGAUGAGACAAUAUACAGGCGGAAGAGAAAUACUUCGUCCUACUCCAACUCGCUUUGCUACUAAUUUCAUUGCAUUGCAAAGUAUUAUGUCUCAUAAAGAUGCACUAACAGACAUGGUAAAAUCCAAAGAGUGGACAAUCAUACCUUAUUCCAAAGAUGUCAAGGCAAAGCAAUUUGUGGAACAACUCUUAGACUCAAGCUUUUGGUCUAAAUGUGCUGACAUAGUGAAAAUUACAGAACCUCUUGUACGUGUGUUACAUAUUGUUGAUAGUGAAGAUAAACCAGCUAUGGGAUAUCUUUAUCAAGCUAUGUAUAAAGCAAGAGAGGAGAUUGAGAAGAGGUUUAGAAGAAAUAAGUUGAAAGUAGAGCCUUAUUUGAAGAUCUUGGAUAACCGUUGGGAUGCACAACUUCGCAAAAAUCUUCAUGCGGCUGGUUAUUUGUUAAAUCCAUCUUGUAGAUUUAAUCCAGAAUAUGAAAAAAAAAGUCCACCACCCAAGGCCUUUUGGAUGUUAUUGAAAAGUAAUUUUGGAAGGACAACAUCCGUAGAAAACCGAGAUGAAGUUUUGCCAGAUCAAUAUUGGGACACUUAUGAAACUGAAGCGCCCAAUUUGCAAAAGUUGGCUAUUCGGAUUUUGAGUCAAACUUGCAGUGCAUCUGGUUGUGAAAGAAAUUGGAGUGUGUUUGAACACGUUCAUUCAAAAAAGAGAAAUAGGUUGGAGCAUAAAAAACUUAAUGAUCUCGUUUAUGUUCGUUACAGCUUACAGCUACAAAAUAGUUUGGUAUUUACGAUGUUUCAGGAUUCACCACCAUUCUUGACCAUUGAGGAGGUGGAAGAACUACACAAAGAUCUUGCUAGUAUGACAAUCCAACCUAUUUCAAAUGAUAUUGAUGAAUUAAAUUUGGAGGAGGUUGAUGUUGAGGGAGAUGUACAACUUAACUCCGGAGAAAACAACCAAAGUAAUGAUAUAAUUGAUGGGAAAGAUGUUGCAAAUGCAAAUGAUUUUGCCGGAGAUGGUUUUGAUAUUGAAGGAGAUCCAAACAUUGAAAUAAUUUUACCUCCUUGA